AGGAGGGGGUAGGGAAAGACUGCUGAAUGUAAGAGGUGAUGAUGGAGACCGUAUAUCUGCAAGGUUUAUGCAGCAUCAUAAUCCAAGGCCUUCUGCUUAUCCUGAGCACUGUAAAUGUAAGAGGGGGUUUUGUGCCGGUGACCCCAUGCCAGGCACCUCUGCAGUGGGAAGGCAGGAUUGUAGUAUAUGAUCAUAAUACAGGCAUAAGCACUAGAGCUUUAAUCACUUAUGAUUCCAAACUGCAACGUAUCCGGACCUUGGAUGAAAGAAGGAGCUUGGUACCCUGCAAGAGGGUAUACGAAUACAUCUACCUGUACAAAGAGGCUGUGAUGUUUAAGAUUGAGCAUGUUACACAAUCCUGCUCAAAAAAGACUUUGACCGAACCAUGGGAUCCUUAUGAUAUACCUGAAAACUCAACGUUUGAAGAUCACUUUUACAUUGGUGGCCCUGGUGACCAAAUCACAGUUCAGGAAUGGUCUGACCGAAAACCAGCCAGAAAAUCUGAAACAUGGGUUGGAAUUUAUACAGACAAGGAUUGCUACCCAGUGCAAGAAAUCUACACAAAGAAUGGCUCCAUGACAGCGUCUACACGUUUCUUCGAUAUACAGUUAGGUAUAAAGGAUCCCUCUGUGUUCAAUCCACCAGACAUCUGCCAUAUGGCACAUCCCAUAUCCCUGGGGGAUGACUGUUAAAUCCGACAACUGCCUUCCUGCAAAUAUAUAUACAUAUUAAAAAGCUUAUUAUAAAUAUCAGAUUUUCAAUGAUAAAUAAUGUCCAAAUUAAUGAGUUGCUUACCUUUUGGAGCUCUCCACAACUUUGAGACCUGCCAUGGUAUUGAGUUAUUGUCCCAUUUAAAAAAUAGACUUUUGCUGAAUAUGAAGAUCAUGUGUUAAAAUUAUACUCUCAAGUAAGUAACUAAUCUGCAAGGGCACAAAUCCAAAAAAAACUAAAA